CUGAUUUUCCUCUCCCUCUCCCUCUCUCUCUAUAUAUAUAUAUAUAGAAAGAAAAGUCUUCUCUUUACAACAACUACAGAAGUUUGAUAUUGCUCAAGAAGGAUCCACAGAGAGAGAGAGAGAGAGAGAGAGGGAAUGGCCGGACUGCAAAGAUCUGCAGUUUCAUUCAGGAGACAAGGCUCGUCGGGAUUUGUGUGGGACGACAGAUUCUUGACGGAGGAGCUGAACAAAGUGAACAAGAAGGAAGACCAAGAAGAAGGACAACAACAAGCGCAAAAAGAGCAAGAGAAGCUGGAUAUCAAAGAGGUGAAGGCACCAAACACCAUCGAGCGCAGCCGAUCCAACGGCGGAGCACGCGGCUACCGCACCGGAAAGGUGUCUCCGGCGAUCGAGCCGCCUUCCCCGAAGGUCUCCGCUUGUGGGUUUUGCAGCGCCUUCGGAAAGCCGCCGAAAAAGGGUGGUCGGAGGACAAACGCUGGUAAGCUUAGAUCGCGGUAGAGUUUCGCGUUUUCCGGUGAUCGGAGGUGGGAUAUUCCGGUGGUCAUGGGGUUAUAUAGGCUUCUCUCCUACUACGUAUUGAUUAUCAUGUCGUAGAUUCUUUCUUUGUUCUUCGGUAGAGGGAUCAUUAAGUUCAUCUCUAUAAAUUGAGAUGCAAGAGAAAGAGAGUUUUAGGAAAACAAUGACAAAUGAUGAAUGUUUUCGAUCGCUUCUAGAUUUCUUGUUUUUGUUUCUUGGAUGUCCUGUUCCUGUUCCUGUUCCUGUUCAUGUUCAUGUUCAUGUUCAUGCUUUGUUUCUUUUAGAUAUCAGAGAUGGUUUUGUGGUCUGGGUGGAUGUAAUUAUAUGUGUAUAUAUAUAUCGUGGAUUUUUCUUUUUUA